AUAUCAGACUGGCGCUGUAAAAUGCAGCAAAUAAACAUGACAAUGAAGUGUCACGUUUUAUCUAUUACCGCUCAAAAAUCACGUCUCAAUUUUUGUUUACCUCAAGUGUAGUGAAUUCGCAUCGAACUUGAAUUCAAAACAAGCGCAACGAAUUUCAUUUUUUCCCUUUGAAUCCCUUCAUAUCCGAAUUUUCCAAAAGUUAACACAAUGGCUGAGAAAGAUAUAAAUCCAACGGCAUUACUAAGCACUGAUUUGGAACAAUUUCGACUGGCUGAUGUGGCCUAUGACGAUUUUAACAGUGAAAACUAUGAGUCAUGCCUGGAGAAUUUAUCGAAAAUCAAGCCAACAAAGGAAACUGAGAAGAAAAUUUUACACAAUAAAGCAGUCGUGGAAUUCUAUAAAAGUGGUUUGAAAAAUUACAAUGAAUUCCGUAAAUGUCUCGAUGACAUCAUUGGAGAAAUGCCGAAUUUGAGCAUUCAAGCGUUUGAUAUCAAAGAUUUGUCGCUUGCGAUUCCGUUGUUCAACAAGGCAGUCGUGCUAUUUCAGCUUCGGCAAUCGUUGGCGGCACUGAAAAUCGUUCUCGUUCUGCUGAAACAUUUGGACGCAUUUGAUACGGAAGUCGCACAGAAAAUUGGCCUACUUGCAAUCCAGUUGGUGUUGAAUUUGAACCAACCGAAGAAAGCCGAAGCUAUUAUCACGUUAUUAAAGUUACGAUUGAGUUCUGGGUCAGAUUUGCUGUGUGGCAGCGAUGAAGAUGAUGAUCCAAAUUUGUUACAAGAUAAAAACAUCGAGCUCACCAAAGCACACAAGCCCUUAGACCAAUUUCGAUGGAUGUUUCGAUUGUAUAAAAUGCGAUCGAAAGUGUUGAACGAAAAAAGUGUUCUCAUACCCAACGAAGAGAUACCCGAAACGCUGGUACUGAAGGCACAUCAAUACUAUAUUGGACACGAUUAUCAAAUGGCAGCCAAGGAACUUGCGAAGAAACCAAUCACAGCGCUGUCAGAUUUUCUGACAAAUGGCGAAGAUUACAACACAAUCGUGGCCAACAAUAUGGGUUUAAUUCAUUUUCACGUUCGGCACUACGCAAUGGCUGUUCGAUUCUUUCAACAUGCUCUCCAGUUCGACCAAAAGGCCACCGAGAGUCUAGGUUUAGAGGCGCCGGUUCAUGCGAUCGGUGCAUCGAAGCAACCGGAAAUUUUGUACAAUUUAGGAAUUGCCAUGUUGCACUUGCAGCGGCCUAAAGAAGCAUUUGAGUGUUUCAUGGUACCAUUAAACUAUUACCACAACAAUCCAAAGCUAUGGCUUCGAUUGGCUGAAGCCUGCAUUAUGGUUCAUAAAGAGAAUUUAAAAUCCAAGGAACGAAAGACCGUGGUUUCGUCAGUUAUUGGUUCAGGAAUACAUAGAAAAUAUAUCAUCAAGCCAACGCCACCGAAACACGUAUCUGAUCCCAAUGAAUCGUUUGCAAUUCCAAACACAAAUUUGGAGUUUGCAUCGUUGUGUCUACGCAAUGCGUUGGCUUUAGUGGAGCAUAUCGAAAAUGAUUUCAAAUCGGCUGCAGGAAAUCCAGAUUCAACAUCGAAAAUACAACAGAACAACGAACGUACUCAGUGUAAUCCAUCGAAAGCAUUAACGCAUAGUGCAUUUUUGAAGUUGAAAUAUGCCGUGUUGGCCGCUUAUAGUUACGUACAAAUCAGUUUGGGUGAAUAUCUUUUGGCACUGAAACAUGCACAGGAAUUGCUGAAAGUGCCAAACCUACCGGAUCCAUAUGCUAUUCUCGGUCACUUGUACUGUGCAGAAUCGCUAAUAAUGUUGGACCGAUGCCAUGAUGCGCGUGCAUAUUUGGAGCCAAAAUUCAUAGGUGAUCUCAAAGAAGAUGACUUCAUUCAAUGGGCCGCACCAGAUUGGAAUAUCAGCUCCCGCAGUGCGGCUCAAGCAGUUCUAGAGUACAAUUUAUGCGUACUGCUCGUGCUGCAAGGUGAAAAUGAACUGGCUAAAGCCUUACUCAGCCGAUGCAAACAUCCGAUUGUUAUAAAUCACUUGAAAAUGUUGAAAAUCUAUCUAGAAAUGCAAACUGGUAACUUGGAAUUGUGUCGAAAGAUGAUAAGCAUUGACACACCGCAAUAUUUUUAAGUUUAAUUUUCGAGAGAAAUAAAACCACGCUGUUGUUAACAAAAUAAAUAAACGAAAAACGUGUACAAA